CGCCUGUUAAAUAACACAAAACAGCAUGCUGAAGUGGUUCAAUCUAGCCCGCACCGUUGUACCCAUUGUGCCGCGACCAAUCCACCCCGUGCGAUGGUAUUCAGAUGUGGUAGCAUCGACCACCAAUGCCAUCGAACAACCGCCCUCAGUUGGAGUGCCGGAUAAGUUGUACAGCCGCGUAGAACUACAGAUGAAAGGAAUCGAUCCGGAAGUGAUGAAGAGCUAUGCUAUGUACGCUAAAACAGCGGCAGAACAUUUGAACAUAGAAGUUGGCAAACACUGGACAAUGCGUAAAGCGGCGAAAGAACGUUUGACGUUGUUGAAAUCGGUGCACAUCUACAAGAAACAUCGAGUGCAGUACGAGGUGCGAAAUUACUACCGAUUUAUGCACUUCCACAAGCUUACCGGAUCCACGCUCGAUACAUUCCUGGAGUACAUUGAGCGCAAUCUGCCGGAGGGAAUUGCCUUGAAGGUGACGAAAGUGGAGCUACAGCAACUGCCGGAACAUUUACGUAAGUAACAGUACGGUGUAAAUUAUUUAUUAAAGCCGUAUUUCGCGUAGUAAAUCAAGUCGUGCUUAUUUUAUGAGAAAAGCAACGCAUCUGAAAUCAUCGCACGAUUUUGGGUUGUUUUAUGGUAAUGCGGGGUAAUUAUAGCAAACUACAGUUGCUUUGCAAAU